GUUACUUAUUUUCUUGAUACGAAGAGCAUGUGUUGUGUUGGUCCUAUUGGCGCCCUGAAUGGUGAUAAAAUAUCAGGAUUCGUGCUCUUCAGGAGUAAUAGCAAGAAAGAUAGACGUGAUGAGCUCAAGUGGUCAUCGGAACACUCGGUAGUUGACAAGAUAAUGGAGUGAUUGUAUGACUGCGUUUGGAACUAAACAAGGAGAAAAGAAUAAACGAUAGCGGCCAAUGGCUGCUCCAACGACAUCAUUCAAUCAAAACUUUCUUGUUUCUUCUCGUGUUCUCUGACGCACGUGUGACGUCAAUGAAGUAGGUGGAGGAUAUAAUAUUAAUCAAAGUACUGGAUAUAUAAAAAAAUGACUCAGCGGCGUUAUUUAUUGAUCAUAAAACUAUAGAAAAUAAAAAAACCAAGUGUGAUAAAGAUUAUUCAUUAGUUAUCAAAGACCUAAAUCAUCCAAAUGGAUUUGUUAAAAAAUUUUAUCAUUGUGUUUAGAAAAGUGAAUUCCUGAGAAUGUGAAGACGCACAAAGAUUUGUAGGUCACAAAGACUGUAAAUAGAGAGGUAUAAUCAUCAGAACAGUUAUAUUAUUGAAAAAGAAGCCAAUACACCCUGGAGACAUAGAAACGUCAAGUACCGCACAGUGUAUGUUAAAGAAAGAGUAGAAAUUGUUGAGUAUAGCAGGGGAGAGAGGCAUAAAGCCCGUGCGGCACUCGACGACGCCGCUUGCAAUGGCUGCCACAGCCGGCAACGAUGUUCACAGCGUAACCUCGGCCCGUAAAGACAGCAUGUGCUUAUUUCAAACGCAUCAGUCAGUGCAACAAGACCAUAGACUGCAAUUAGAACACCGCGGAGUGCAGUGAUUUAGUAAUAUUCCAUCAAUCUAUACACAAUUAAUUUAUUUGCAAGAGGCUUGUCAGGAUAAAUUAAUUAAUAAAACGCGAGUGUACUUGAGAAAUGUGGAAUAUUAGCAGUUAACUUGACCUCAGAAGGAAUCUCUAGUAAAAUGAAGUCUAAAACAACCUCAAAAUCUCAGAAUGACAUUGGAGAUCUUGAUCCAAGUGAAGCUAAUGAAAGGUAUGAUGAAUUUAAUGCAAUAAUGAUGCCAGUAUCGAGGACACUUAACAAAAGUCCACAAAGUGACGAAGGUAUUGAGCCGGAUAACGAGUCCGUUAAGGCAAUUAAUAGAUCCUGGAGUCUAGAUUCUUCUGCUAAUGGCGAUGAUGAAGGUGUACGAAGUGGGUUAUGGCAAAGACGAAGGUCUAGAUUUAAAGUUACUCGGUGCUGUAGCUCUGAUAGUGCUGUAAUCAGUGAUGAUGAUCAAACAAAAGGAUGGGAUAAUUUAAUACUUGAAGACAAGAGUGAGUGUGAUUCGAUAGAGGACAAGCCGAGAUACUGGAGAACUCCUAGUGUUGUCGUCAGUGAUUACUCAGAUUACUCUUAUCUUGAGGAAAAGUUUGAAAGAUGUGAUCUGGAUAUUGAGAAAUACGAUGGUACAAGUGGAUCUCCUAGUCAGGCUAGCAGCUGUUCAUGCUUAGAUUGCGACGAAAUACGAGACUUUCAUGAUCUUAGUUCUGUUGUUGAAAAUCAUCGUCUCCAAGUUUGUGGUCAGCGGCGUCAUUCAGAUUCUUGUUGUGCGUGUCUCUCAUCGAAUAAUACUAUCAAUUCCGGAAUUUCCAACAACCAAAGCAGAAGAAAUUCAUGUCUGACUACAUCGAGUUCAUAUUCAUUUAAAUUAGACUCGCACGGAUUAAAAUGUUCGAAAUUUGAUGCUUCUGAAGAGACUAAGACUACCGUUGAACUCUUAGAUAUCCCGCCUAUUCGAAAAAUUUCUGAUUGCUCGACUAAUUCAAGCCUCAGUGGGGAUGACUUUGAGGUCACGGAACUUCAACCGUUAAGAAGGCCACAGAGUUCCGGCUGGAGAAAACUUCGAAAUAUUGUUCAGUGGACUCCUUUCUUUCAAACAUACAAAAAACAACGUUAUCCAUGGGUCCAAUUAGCAGGCCAUCAAGGAAAUUUCCGUGCUGGACCAACUCCAGGAACGAUUCUAAAAAAACUCUGUCCUCAAGAAGAAGCUUGUUUCCGUUUACUAAUGCAUGAUGUUCUCCGACCGUACGUGCCUGAAUUCAAGGGUGUAUUAGAAGUCCGUGAGCCAGAAGAAGAACACAAUCAAGAAGUAGAAAAUGCUAAUAAGGAUUGCGAUGAGCCAGAAAAAGUUCCAGUUAUCACAUCAUAUCUGCAGCUUCAAGAUCUUCUUGGUGAUUUCGAACAGCCCUGUGUGAUGGAUUGUAAGGUCGGAGUUCGAACGUAUCUUGAAUCUGAACUAGCUAAAGCAAAAGAACGACCUAAACUUCGUAAAGAUAUGUAUGAAAAAAUGAUUCAAGUAGAUCCAUCAGCGCCCAGUUUAGAAGAGAAAAAAGUCCAGGGUGUUACAAAACCAAGAUAUAUGGUUUGGAGAGAGACAAUUUCCAGUACUGCUUCACUUGGAUUCCGAGUAGAAGGUAUUAAACUCAGUCAUGGCGUUACGUCCAAGGAUUUCAAGACGACAAGAACGCGCGAACAAGUUACGGAAGCCCUGAAACGCUUUGUAGAAAAUUAUCCUCAUGCAGUUCCAAAAUAUUUACAACGUCUCAAGGCAAUCCGGGCAACCUUAAAAACUUCUCCUUUUUUUGCAACACAUGAAAUCGUUGGAUCAAGUCUUCUAUUCGUUCAUGACGCAAAUAAUGCAGGUGUAUGGAUGAUUGAUUUUGCUAAGACACUGCCUCUGCCAUCACAUUUGCCAAGAAUUAAGCACGAUGCUGAAUGGCAAGUUGGUAAUCAUGAAGAUGGUUAUUUGAUUGGUGUCAAUAACUUGAUUGAUAUUUUUGAAGACAUAAGGAACUCUCAAUCAUAACAAUUUAAAGAGCUGAAAAGAGACUUGAAUAGAAUAAUUGUAUAAUUAAAGAAAAAACCAAGUGUAAAAAAGGAAAAAGGAAAAAUGUGAUUAUACUGUGUAUAUAGAUAGUCAACAAUUGUGUUUAAUUAAACAAUCAUUUUUGUAGCAUCAUUAAGAAUUCUUCAAACUGUGAAGAGUACGUAAACUCGCUAGUUCGAUAGAUCAACUGUAAUAUUUAUAGAUUAUUACUCGACAUAACUCGAUGAGAUUUGAAACGAGAUUUCAAAUUUCUCCUUCGAGCAGAUAUUUGACCUUAUUAUAUACGUUCUGAACGAAUCUCAGUAUUUAAAAAAUAACAGAGAUUCAAAAAAGGAUUGAAAAAAAAAACCAAAGACGCGGUAGCUUCAGCUACUUAGUAAUUUUCGUAAUUAGUUGUUACUUGCAUAAAAUGCAUUAUAAUAUUUACAUCUAUUAAAUUCAAUACAUCUCCUUUAAUAACGGAGUUUGUGCGUUAUUGAAUUAUUUUUAGUAAAAAAAAUUUUUAAAUAACAAAAAAAAAAGAUCUUCAACAAUUUCUUUUUACUAAAAGUGCAAUAGUUAAUUUAAUGAACUAUUUAUACGUAAGACUUUAUUUAUAUUUUGAAAUAAUAUUGCGAGAUCGUCUCUGGUCCGAGCGAUAACGUAUUUUGUAUUCACAUAAUAUACCACACACAUUUGUAAAUAAGUCUUCAUUUAUCAUUUUUGAAAAAAAAAUUCUGAAUUAUA